AUGAGUGACGCUGUUACUAUCAGAACCAGAAAGGUCAUCACCAACCCAUUGUUGUCCAGAAGACAGUUCGUCAUUGACGUUUUGCACCCAAACAGACCAAACGUGUCCAAGGAUGAGUUGAGAGAGAAGUUGUCUGAGCUUUACAAGGCUGACAAAGAUGCUAUCUCCGUGUUCGGUUUCAGAACUCACUUCGGUGGUGGAAAGUCCACCGGUUUCGGUUUGAUCUACCAGUCUGUCGCUGAUGCCAAGAGAUUCGAGCCAACUUACAGAUUGGUGAGAUACGGCUUGGCUGAGAAGGUUGAGAAGACCUCUAGACAGCAGAGAAAGCAGAAGAAGAACAGAGAGAAGAAGGUGUUCGGUACCUUGACCACUCACGCCAAGAAGUUGGCCAAGAGAAACGCCGAUUAA